CAGCUUUCCCUUGUGGCCCGCCUCCUCCCCAUUCCCAUCUUCCCCAGCGCCGCCGCAGCCGCAGCGAGAGAGAGAAGUCUGGUGGAGAGAUGGCCGGAGCGAUCCCGUACGAGGAGCAGCGCCGGAGGCAGGUGGAGGAGAACAAGCGCAAGCUCGACCAGCUCAAGCUGCACCACCUCUCCGCCGCCCUCAGGGACGCCGCCGCCGCCCCCAAGCCCUCGCCGGUCAAAUCUGCGAAGCGGAAGCCUCGAGGGCCGGCGCCGGCGGACGCCCCGACCCGGCGCUCCGGCCGCGUCGCCAGCCUCCCCGACCAGCCCAAGUACCGGUUCGAGGAUGUCUAUGCCGACAUUGAUAAGAUGAGGAGGGGGGGGAGCAGGGCGCACAGCACAAGGAGUGACCUGAUUGAUCGAGUCUACGCGACCGACGAGGCCAGGGCCCAUGCCACUGACCUGGCCGAGCAGCUGCAGGGCAAGCUGGACCCCGGCCACCACAGCUUCGUCAAGCCCAUGACCCAGUCACACGUCACAGGAGGCUUCUGGCUAGGCCUCCCCAAGGAGUUCUGCAACAAGCAUCUCCCAAAGCAUGACGGGUGGAUCACUUUGGUGGAUGACAAGGGUACCAAGUCCGAUUCGUACUACCUUGCGCGUAAGUGGGGCCUCAGCGCCCAGUGGAAAGCGUUCGCCGUCAACCACGAGCUGGUCGAUGGUGACUGCCUGGUGUUCGAGCUCAUCCACCAGACAAUGUUCAAGGUCCACAUUAUCAGGCAAAGUUCAUAUUAUGAGUAACGACUGAUGAGGGUACGAGAAUGAGAUAUUUAGAGCAGGCCUGCUUGAAGGAAUUGAACAAUGAGUUGCAAAUGGAGAUCGUGAACUGUCUUCAGCCUUUUCGGUGACAGACAAUGUUAAAAAUAUUAACUUCACAGAUUCUCCUAGUAGUUAUGUUUGGACUUAUCAAUGGGAACCAACAAAACUUGUAAAUUUUGCCUGUGAUUCCCCUUCCAACUUCUUGUGAUGUCCAAUUUGAUCCACUUUGCAGGCAUGCAUAAUUUAGCAGAUUUCUUUCGUUUCUAUGAUCA